AUCAAACUCUUACGAGCUCCAUUAGCGCGCGGUUCGGUUCGGUUCGGUUCGGUACGGUAUUGUUAUUCCACAUUGUUAUCGAAGCCAAGAAAGAAGCUGAGUAGUAAUGUGUGAUUGAUCGCUGGCAGUGCUGCAACUUGCAAUUGAGUCGAGAAAUAAUUAGAAAAGUAAAAGUGGAAAAGCUGAAAAGUGAAAAAUGUGGCCAGUGGUCGGUGAGUCCCAGCGGCUUCUGCCCGGGAAAGUGCACAACGGAUUCGUAUUCGGAUUCGGAUUCGCCACUCGGAAAGCAUAGAUAAAAUGAUAAUACGCCUAGGCUGAUUUGUGUAUGAAAGCGUCAAAGAUAAUGCCCAGUGUCGGUCUAUUCCUUACAUAACAUAUGAAUUGGUCUAUAUUAGCAUACAAAUGAAAAGAGUGAAACACCGAAACUAAUUGAUUUAAAGCUCCAUUAAUUGAGCACUUUGGAUGCAAAUAUUGGAUUUGGAUAUAACACAACGGGCGCAGUAAACGGCCUCAAAAUGCCCGGGGGCAACAGCAACAUCAUCAGCAGCAGCAGCAGCAGCAGCAACAUCUUGGCCGGCUGCUUCUUGGAUAGUCGAGAACGUGAUCGCUUUCUGGCCAAGAUCGGAGCAAGCCAACGCCAUGGCGAUGUCACCUGUCUUAGAUGCGGCUGCCAAAGCCGCUGGCCGUGAUCUCAAUGGCAAUGCACCAGCAGCAGCAACACCAACAGCUACAGCAACACGAACAACAGCAGCAGCAACAACGCCGCGCAAAGCGAAAAAGACAAUUAUCAAUUGGCUGGUGAAUAGUGACAGUGACAACAACAAUCGGCCGACGUGCGAUAAGGCCAGCAGAGAUAAAUAUAAUCAAAAUCCAAAUCAAAAUCCGAACACUCCAGCGAAUCCCAAUCAAAAUUGCAGCUGCGAAACGCGGGCAUUUCGCGAUUUCCGCGGUGUGCAAACCCUGCGAUUGCUGUGGAGCAAGCGCAUCAAAAGUGCCAGCGAGGACCACGCCCACUGCCACUCCUCGUCCUCCUCCUCGCUGGGCACUUUAAAGAAGUUAAAUAAGAGCGUCAGUUGCCUGGUGAACGCCUUCAACAACUCACGCGAUUGCGGCUCGCCGGAAAAAUCGCUGGCAAAACGCGCGGCCAGCCUGCACAAUCUGCAGGACUCGCAGCAUUCAAAGCACCAGCAGCAGCUGCGACUGCAGCGGGAAAAGGACAACUUCUACAAGUACAAAAACGCCGAGCAGGCCAAGAUGCAGGCCAAGUUAAGAAGCAACGCCGACGAGGCGAUUUUAAACGCUAGCGAAACGCGCGCGAAACGUGACGACAGCGAUUGCAGCCCAAGCAAACAGUAUACUAUGGCAGCCUUAUCAGUCGGCGGAGAUAAGGUUGUGAAAGUCGGGGGGCAAGCUGGGGAGGGGGAGCGCGAGGAGGAGGUGGAGGUGGAACUGCGAACCAAACGGGAGAUUAAUCGCCUUGAGGGUUUCAGUCUCAGCGCGGCGAGCGCCCAAAGUGGCGGCAGCAGCGAAUCGCUUCACACCACCUCCAACUCCACCUCCCACUCCACCACCACCUCGUCCAACGUCACUGCCCAAACGGUGACGUCAUCGACGGGCCGAUCGGGUGGACGUCGCAAAUAUAGCUUUAAAACCCAUGCUGGCAAGUCCUACCAUCAGCAUCAUCAUCCCACGCGUAGGCUAAGCAACAUGGAUGCCAAUUCCACCAGUGGCGGCAUCAGUUUGGUGACCAAGCUCACCCACCAGUUCAACGAAAUCAUCCAGAAAGAUGCGAGGCUCUUGGAGCAGGUCAAGCGGAACAACGGAGUGUGGCUGUCGCGGGGCACACAUGUCUACAAGAUCGUGGAGAAGUCGCCAGCCGAGGGCAAGGGAUCACAGACGUCCGACGAGAACCGCAUCUCCACUGUGCAGCGCAAUAUCAAGAAGUUCGAGAGGCUGGAGAAGCCGAGUGUUCCGCUGAAAAGCGAGCAGCUGAUGCGCAAACAUCUGGAGCUGAUGAAGGGCAGCAAUCUUCAGCGGGGUCCUCGAAUCAAACGAAAUCUCAAGCUGCCAGCCGGUAGUGUGGGUAUACCCGAACUGGCGGUGGUUAGCGAAGAACUUAAAACACCGAUUACGACUACUUCCGCACAGCAAGCUAAGCAACCAAAGUCAAGCCCAACUGAAUCACUGCCCAGCAUUAGUAGCAAUGCCAGCAAUCAACAAGAACUGAAUCAGACGAAUGACCGUCACGACAGACCCAGUGAUGAGCUGGACUCGAUUUCCUUGGGGGAGGAAGAAGACGAGGAGGAAGUGCGUCAAAAGCAGCGGAAGCACAAGUAUGCCUCCAUAUACGAGAAGCUGCGGUUUACCUUUGCAAAAGGUAGGAAAUCAGCAAGUCCCUCACCCACAAAAGGCAGAUCGCGGGAGGAGAUGUCCAUUGAUGAGGAAUCGUCUACCAAGGAUAAUAUCAUCCCUGAUAGAGUCCCCAAGGAGGAGGCCAUCAGAAAAGAAGACUUCAAGCUGGACAUCCCCAAGGUGGUUAUACCCCGAGCAGAAGAUUUGGCAGACUCAUCCCAGCCCCUGCUGAUUUCGCCUUGCAUUGAAGCCGAUGCCAAAAUUCUGGACGCCCUGGAGGCGCUAGACCAAAAGCUCAAGGUGCUCAACCCGCUAAACGAGGCGGCCCCCGAAAAUGGUGAAAGUGAACUCCUCUUGGCCGCCAAUGAUGACUUCGAGCAGCGCAUCUUGCCCAACAGCUCCUUUGUCUACCAGGCGGCCAACAAGCAGAUCUCGAACAACCAACGGCUGCUCAACCAGGCGGUGAAUGUCACACUGGUCAAUGCCAUCGAGGGUGAGCAGAUGAUCAUGGAGCAGAAGCAGCUGAUGAAGGUCAGGGAGGAGGAGGAGGAGAAAAAGCAGCUCAGGGAACAGGAUUUGCAGCGGGAGGCGGUGAUCCCAGAGCCCGAGUCCAUCUACGAACCCAUCACACCUGCAACCGAUGAAACCAAGACUGAAACGCCCGCUUCCAGCCUCUUCAAGAUAUCCGCCAAGAAGUCGGAGAUCGUGGAGGACAUAUACCAAACGGUGGAGGAGGCUGCCAUUGCCAAGGCCAAGCCGACUAACUGGCUGGAGGGCUACGAGUCCAUUGCUGGAUCCCAGGAAGCAUGCACUUCGGCCUACGACGGCUACGAGUCAUUUGCCCAAGAGGAGGUGCUCCUCACACCCAUCACGCCCUCGGGCGCGGGCACAGGCGCGGGCACAGGAACUUUGGGCCGGAACACACGUGAUGAGUUGCCGGAACUGCCCAAACCCAAGAAAGUACUUAACAAAUCACCCAUGCCCUUGCGUCCGGCUCCUCCGAAGCCAGAGGCCAAAGAGUCCGAGGAGGAUGAGAACAUCUACGACACCAUCAAGGGCUGCUACGAGUCGAUGCACUGCAAGGCAUCCCAGGGAGGAGGAGCCAUCCCCACCACAGAUGCCAUCUCGCUGAGUUCCAACUGCUACGAAAGCAUCGCUCACUUCCGGAAAUCGCGAUUGGCCACGGGUCAGAAUGCGGCUCAUGCGGGAUCCGCCGGCAACUGCAUCCAGCUCUCGAGCAGUGGCUCCACUUUGACCAUCUCCUCGGACCACAAGACCAACAGCCUGUACGAGUCCUCCCUGGCGGCCACCGGAUGUGUGGUCUACGGCGGCUCGAGUGUGGGAUGCAGGUCCUCGUUGGGCAGCAGUUCCGGUAGCAGGGAUGGCGAAAAGCCCGGCGACAAGCGGUCCUCGAUAGCGGGCUCCAGCGACAACAGCGACGCCUGGGUGGACAUUUCGGAUGGCGAGAUCGGUCAGGCGAACCUGGAGGCGGUGGCCAACGAGGCCCAGUUUAUUGUUGUACGUGAAAGGUUUAAGCCGCAUCGCAACCGGAGUCCAGAUUGGUCGAAACGCAUCAGAGACAAAAGACUGCAACAAAAGAAGGCGAUAAGCUGCAUAGAGGAUGACUCAGACCACUAUUACGAGACACUGUCGCCACUCGGAAACAAGCGCCAUUCGACGCAGCUGGUGCGGGACAGCCAGGAUGCGGUUCGCAGCGGUGGGGUGCGCGCCUCGCACCGCCGGAGCAAAAACCACUCGGCAUCCGCCCAUACGCUGGGCGAGCACGUGGUCAUCUCGGACGAUUACGACUCCUUCGAGACGGACAGCGACGACCAUGGCGAGGGUGAUCCCAGUCAGCGUCUACGAAACCACAACGACAGCGGCGUGGACAUGCGCAACCAUCGCCUGCCGAAACCUCCUCCUCCGCCAAACCAGGUGUACGAGUUUGUGCGCAAAUUCCGGGACUUCAUCUCAAGCAAGAAAUCUCCCAAGGGCAGCCAGCAGAAGCUGUACGAGAAUACCCCGGCGUCCACGCAAUUCUACGUGGAGAGCGGCAAACGAACGGAGGAGGUCUACGAGAAUACGGAGUACGGACCGGAACGGAUUCCGGCUUCCACGGGACACCAGGAGCAGCCUCCAGUGCUGAGGGCCAAGCAGAAGAACGGCAAGAGCCUUCGUUCCCGGCUGCGCAAGAGUCUGGUCGGCUCUAGCUUUGAUACCAAGCAGCUCUCCUCGCUGGCGGCCACACGGAGCACCUUCUACGUGGAGGACCCCGAGGGAUCACUGCCAGCCCUGCCCUUGGAGCCGGAGAUUCACGGCUCCGGGGAACUGGACUCGGGCUUCUCCGAGAAGAACUGCACGCCCACGGCGGAGUCGCAGAAAUUCUCCACGGUGGCGCGCAAGGCGAAGAAGGAGGCGAAGGCCAGUAGGCGUCGCACCACCAUCGGACUACGGCCCCACGAACCUCCUCCGCCGCCGCCGCCGCCAGCACCAAUGCCAAUGUCCGGCAGCAAAUCACCCACUGACCCGGAACGGGAACAGAAUCCGGGACAGGCCACAUCCUUGUACGCCGAAUGCGGCGUUUUCAAGCCGGAUGGAGCGAAUGGAUCGCUCAGGGGCGACGAACCGGUCACGCCCACGCCCAGCGGUUAUGGAGGCGUUAGCUCCUGGUACGCGGAAUCGGGUCUCUACCAGACCAGCGGCAUUUCCGUGGCCAGUUCCAGCGGCAGCUCGGGCGUCUCCACCGGCAACGAGGCGGGACUGGGCGAUGAGCUGUCCUCGGAGCCACACAGUCUUUUCUCCAACGAACCACUCUACCAGAUGUACAGCGCCGCCAAAUUGGAGUCGAUCACCCGCGACCUGGAGGCACAUGGAUCGUCGGAUGGCUACGAGGAGAUUGGGCAGCACGCCAAGGCGAAGCCCGAGCCGCUGGCCAAGACUCGCCCCACCGCCCUGCAGCUGGUGGAGCCCAAGAACGGACCAUCGCGAACCCUUUGGAGCGAGAUUCCCGAGGUCAUACACUCUUGCAUACUGCCCACCUUGACCAGUCGGGAGCGCAGUCUGCAGGAGGCCAAGUUCGAGAUCAUCACGUCGGAGGCCAGUUACCUCAAGUCGCUGAACCUGCUGCGACGGCACUUCAUGAACCACAGCGCCUUCAUGGACACCUCCGUGCUGAGUGCCAAGGACCGGAAGGCGCUCUUCUCCUACAUUGUGCCCGUGCACGAGUGCUCGGAGCGACUGCUCACGGAACUGGAGGCCUGCUGGCAGGACAACAUUAUGCUACUUGGACUGAGUCGCUGCAUUUACGAGAUCGCCGAGCGGCACUUCCACGUCUACGUGGCCUUUUGCGAGCACCAGGGCAGGAUGGACAGGACGCUGCGUCGAUUGAAAACGUCCAAGGAGUCACUGGCCUUCCAGCAGCAGCUGGAGCGACUGGAGGCCAGUCCCAGCUGCUGCGGCCUUAACCUGCACUCGUUCCUGAUGCUGCCCAUGCAGCGGAUCACCCGCCUGCCGCUCCUGAUCGACGCGGUGUUCAGCAAGGAGUCGCCGCUGAAUCGCGAGGAGUACGAGGGCUGGAAACUGACGCUGGCUCUCGUCCAGAAACUGGUUGGCCAGUGCAACGAGGCGGCCAAUCGUUGGGAGCAGGCCUUCGAGCUGGAGCGGAUCGCUCGCCAGCUGGAGUUCCCUUCCAGCAUUCGGGCGCUGGCCAUAGCCCCGGUGGGCGUGCCGCGGGCGGGCGCCAAGCCGCGUUUCCUGGUCAAGCGGGGCGAACUCACCCACCUGGUGUGGCGCGGCGAGGACGCCAAGCUGACCUUUGGCAAGCGCCUCACCAAGGUCAGCAUCUAUGCCUUCCUCUUCUCGGACCUCCUGCUGCUGUGCAAGCGGCGGGGAGAGUCCAGCUUCAGCGUCUUCGACUACUGCCCCAGGAACAUGCUGACCCUCGCCGCCGGCGACUCGCUGCCUCAGUUGCCCGCCAAGGACCUCAAGGAUCAGGUGCACAAGAACCUCAUCCUGAUGACGCUGCUCGAGAACAGCGACCGCAAGACCGUCGAACUGGUUUUGUCCUGCCCAUCGGUGUCCGAUCAACAGCGCUGGCUGCAGGCCAUGCGACCGCCCGAGGCGGAGACGCCCGGCGAGAAGCUUUACGAGUCCUGGGACUGUCCUCAGGUGGUGGCCAAACACAGCUACGAGUCCGAGGAGCCGGACGUCCUCCAACUGGAACUGGGCGACGUCGUCAAUGUUUCGCGCAAGCUGCCUGACGGCUGGUACCAGGGCGAAAGGAUACGGGAUGGCGCCGUCGGCUGGUUCCCCGGAGCCUACACCGAGGAGCUGAACUCGGCCCAUGUCCGGGCCCGCAACCUGAAGCAGCGGCACCGCCUGCUCACCUUCACGGCCACCUACCUGGAGUCCCAGAAGGGCAAGUGACCCGGUCACCGAGCUCCUGGGCCCUCCUGGCGGUCGAGCAUUACGCUGAGCAUGCGAGCAACGCCAAACUCCAUAGUCCGAAACCAACUCUAAGUGAACUACCAUAAAUAGCCGUACACUUUAGGAAAUGUGAUAAUUAUUUAAAUCGAUGUUAAUGCUGAUGAAUCGGGAAUCUUAAAAUAACUUCUUUCCGUACCGAGUAAGCAAUAGCAAGUAAUUGUAUUUAUGUAUACCCCCUCUAUGUAUAUUUGAGCGAAUUCUUAAUAAACAAGCAAAAUAAAACAAAA